CCGCUAUUCAAUACGGUCCUCGGAAGUCAACAACCAUCGAGCAUUGACUUGCGCCCUCACGUCGCAGUUGCCAAAGCAUCAUGCCGCCCCAAGUCCCUCAAUCGACCCUUGAUCCAGAUAUGUCUGGGAAGAUACAAGAUUUUAAUCGUGGGGUGGCUUUGGCCGCUGAGGAACUUAUCUUUAAAACUUUACCGAAGAAGAUCCUCGAGCUACAAGCAUUAAUUGCCGAAACAGAUCUGGAGUCGUCAGAGUACAGCCUUUCAAACAUCCACACAACUACUGACGUGACCGUGUACCCUCCUCCGACGUCCUCGUCAUCAAACUCAUCCCCAGAUCCAAAGCGAAGGAAACGUUCCGUUGGAGAUGUCUCGAAUGGGGAGCCAGUGGCAACUCAAGACAGGGAUUCUGGCGGUGCUAUUUAUCCUCAGAGAGUUGUUGCCAACCAUCAUAUCCGAAAGUUGCAGGAGAGGAACAAGCUCGAGUUUCAAGCCUUGAUAGAACUAUGUGACAAAGUCAAGCUAUGGAUAAAUUUGACUAUGCCAAGAAUUGAAGAUGGGGACAACUUCGGGGUUCAAAUCCAGGAAGAGGUGCUGAAUGAAUUAGGUCGUGCACAAGAAAGCGCUUAUGGACUUCGAGAUACGAUGCGUGUGCAACACGGGAACAGGGCGAAGAUCUGUUCAAAACUAAUAAAAUAUCCAAAUGUUGAGGAUUACGUGUUGGCUCUGAGGGAUCAUGACGAGAAGCAGCUGUUUAUGACUCGACAACACUUGCACGAUGUCCGCAAUGUGUAUGCAAUAUUGUUUGAUAUUCUCCAAAAGAAUAUUCAAAAGAUACGUUCACCCAAGGGUAAUAACAGUCUUGGAAUGUAUUGAACGUCCUGUCACCCGAUGUUGGUCAUAUAAUGGUAUCUUGCCAUAUAUAUAUCAGCAAGGACUACCCAUACGCAAAGCAACACCCCGCGUCGUGUUUAGAAGGAAAUUGUCUUAAAUACGUUAAAUCCCUCUGCCGCCGUGCUUAUCACUGCCCCGGGAAUCUGUUGAUGCCAAUGAACCUCUUUGAUCUCUUUUUGACCCUGAUGAGAAAACAGCAGCUGUGGAGGGACGGUCUUCGUUGCCUCGCCUUGCGCCGUGACCAUUUCCUUUGCACCAACAUCCUCGUCGUCUGCUUCUACCGAGAGGUCCCACAAAGUUAUCUGAUCG